UCCUCUUCUUCUUCUUCGUCGUCAUCAGAUGAUAGUGAUAAUUCUCCCUCGUCGACAUCGGAUGAAGCGCAAGAAUCAAAUUCUGAUGGCGCAUCUAGUGGUUCCUCAUUAGGUGGUGGACAAGUAGCUGGCAUUGUUGUUGGUGUUGUCGGCGCGGCAUUAGUGGUAUGGGUUUAAACGGAUUUGUUCGUGAAUUAGGGGGGGGAGGGAUGCGCGGAACUAGGCUGAAUUUUAUAUUGUUCUUUAGGCGGGAUUGGCUGCAUUUUUCGUGUUUGUGAAAAGACGACGGAGGGAUUCGAAAAGUGGUGGAGGUCCCGACAACGCCAACUAUUAUAAUCAGGGUGACAACAGCAAUUCCUACGUCAUUGAUGCACCACAGCCACGAUACGGUCCACCUCCGCCUAUGGCUGCUGCUGGCGGCUAUCGCAAUAUGAGCGAGCCUUAUAGCGAGCCUUACAAUGAACCCUACAAUGAUCCAUACAACAAUUCGUACAAUAAUGUUACUGCUGCCACCGCAGCACCAUACAGCGAUCCAUAUCAAAACAUGAGCAAAACAUACCAGUCUCCUGACACACCGACAACAACAGGAGCAACUUACGGUAACAUGUCAGUAUCAUCGCCGUCCACCACCGACAAACCUCAUACUGCCGCGUAACGACCUGUUAAUUUAUAUUUGCUCAUAAUCAACCAUAUUACUCUUUCAUCCAUCCAUCUUCUUUGUAUUUUACAGCUCCUUAUACUUAUAUAUUGUUAUAUUGAUAUCUCUACUAUCUCCAAAAAAAACGUAAUCAUCUUCUUUAUCCUAUAUGUGUAUUCCAUAAACUAUCUUACAGCAAAAACAGCGACGAUGAACGUCUAUAUAAAUAUGGUACAAUUAAAAAAAAACCUAAGAAAUAUCAGGAAGGAGGAGCUAUUACAAAAGAAAGAAAGAAAUAACCGG